AUGUCGACCUAUUUCUAUCAACAACACCACGCUCAGAAUCCGCAACCCAUGCCACAAUCUCAUAGCCACCAUGGCCGCUCUCGAAGAGCACCCCGGUUAUCGGCGGCGCAGAACUCUCAUCGCCAGUUCCGUGCUGCCAAACCUGUGAAAGAGAUAGUUAUUGCCGAGCCGCCCAGCGUUCUCGCCUAUCGGGCAAGGUUCGAAGCUGGGCGUUCAUUCGACCUCGAUGACGACCUCGAGUUCUGUCCAAAUCUCUUGACAUUCGAUGAGGUUUGUGGCGAGCCUCUCUCCACGACUUCAUCUCUUACUGACUUCCUCGGAAAGCGUCAGUCUGUCACGUCAGGGUCGUCGGAUCGCUCGUCUCUUUCAAGCGGCUCGCCCGACUCAUCUCCUCUCCAGUCUCAAAUACAACCUCAGAUCACCCCGGCUUUGUCCAUCUCCUCUGCCGCAACGUCUCUCUACAUGUCAUCUCCAGCGUACACGAGCAGUAACAGCCUCAAGAUCCACCAACCCUCGGCUAUUCGUUCCCGCAACAACGCCAUCCCCAUUGUUAAUCCCUCCACUGGCAACCGCAUCGCAAGUCCACCGUCUUCAAUCUCGCCAGGGAUGAUGCAACAUACAACCGCCGCUCGCCGGUGGUAA